AUGUCUUACCAUUACAAUGAAGCCUUUGAAAAUCCAGACUACCACUUCUCAGAGACACUGGAAAUUGAUAGAAGGAGGAGUUCUCAAAAGAGUCUGUUCUCUCCUCAAAGCCCUUAUGGUUCUUCACUGCAUGGUUCCAACCGAGAGCACAGUGACAGAGGACAGAAUUAUACUCUGGCCAUACCAAUGGCCUCCAUGAGACGUGGCUCUGAAUACAGUGAAGGUUUACCAAGAGUUAAUGUCCUAAGCAGAAGUUCAUAUGGAAACUCCACAGAUAAUCUUUCCUUUGAGCCUGAGGCGGAACCAGCAUACAGCUCACCUUCUACCUGCUAUCUGCUGAGCCACCCUCAUGCCCACAGAAUUUCCAGUGUACCAGGAGAGCAAAAAUUAGUUGGAAAUCUUGCAAGUGUGUCUGCCAAUGAAAGGAUUAAAGCAAUCCAGAAGAUGCCAGAGACCAUGAAAAAAAAGAGAGAGAUCAGGAAUAAAGUUCUUGAAAAAAUAGGAAAAAAAUCAAGGCACCACAGUACUCAAGACUCCUGCUGUACACAGCAUCUGCAGGGAACAUCAGUGUCACUUCAGCGGUUUGGAAGUCGCUUGUCCGAAUGCUUUCACCUACUGCAGCUAUGGCACAAGGCUCUGAAGAUCAUCGGUGCCAACUUUGGAACAAGUGUUCUUUCUUACUUUAUUUUCUUGAAGUGGCUGCUAACUUUCAACAUCUUCUCAUUCAUCAUAAACUUCAGUUUCAUCACAAUCCCUCAGUUCAUGGCAGCAGAGCCAAAUAACCUGCCAUUCAUGGGUCUGGAGCUGCUCACUGGAGCUGGUUAUUUUCAACAAACAGUACUCUACUAUGGCUUUUACACCAAUGCUACAAUCAGUAAAAUAAGGAGUGGUCCAUCUUACAACAUGCAGCUGGCCUAUAUUUUCACCGUUGGGAUAUAUUUUGUCAUCUGUUUUCUUAUCUUAUUGUUCAGCAUGGCAAAAUCCUUCUGCAGGAAUGUCAUUAACCCUCAGGCAUACUCUGGAAAUGCCAGCAAGCUUCUCUGCACUUGGGACUUCAAUGUAACUAAUGAAAAAGCUGUGAAGCUGCAACAAAAGAAUCUCAGCACACAAAUAAAGGAAGACCUCACUGAAGUAAGCCGAGAAGUUCUAAAUUUUUCUAUAAUGGAGAGAGUUGUUCAUAUUGUUAUUCAUCUUUUUUCUUGGGUUGCUUCCCUGGGAACAGCACUAGCUGCUUGUGCUGGUGUUUACUUCCUCUCCAUUAAUAACCUAAAGCUGUUUGUGGAAGGGCAUAAAAGUGACCUAGAGGGCCAAGCUUCCAUGUUGGUGCUACCUGUUGUGGCAUCUCUCCUCAACACAUUGAUCCCAUUCUUCUACUCGUGGCUUGGACACUUGGAGAGAUUUCAGACUCCUGGACACAAGAUAUAUGUCACUAUUAUCAGAAAUAUCAUCCUGAAAAUAUCAAUUGUUGGAAUACUGUGCUACUACUGGCUUAACAUUGUGGCUGCAUCAGAGUCACAGUGUUGGGAAACUCUGGUUGGCCAAGAUAUCUACCGUCUUGUCGUAGUUAACUUCCUAUUCUGUUUGCUUGGCUCGUUCUUUGGAGAGUUUUUACGAAGAAUUAUUGGAACUACAGUCUGUGUGAGCCUGGGGUUGCCAGAAUUUGAUAUUGGACGAAAUGUCUUAGAUUUGAUCUAUGCACAGACUUUGACCUGGAUUGGUAUCCUCUUCUCACCUCUGCUGCCUGGUAUCCAGAUGGUGUCGUUUUCCAUAGUAUUUUAUGUGAAAAAGGUCAGCCUGAUGAUGAACUGCCAACCCCCUCGCAAAGUCUGGAGAACUGCUCAAAUGACAACAUCCUUCAUGUUCCUGCUCUUCUUCCCUUGCUUCCUUGGAGUCCUGUCUGUCAUUGGAGUCACCGUCUGGAGGUUAAAACCUUCAGAAGAAUGUGGUCCUUUCAGAAGUUUGUCUUCUAUGUAUGCUGCAGUUUCUGAGUGGAUAAAAGUACUGGAAAAUUACACUGCCUCAAAAUGGGUAGUGUGGAUCUACCAUAGCUUAAUUACAAGUGAACUUUUCUUCUUCAUCCUCUCCGUUAUUGCCCUAAUUAUUACUUAUCUUUACUGGCAAAUAAUAAGAGGAAGAAGGACCCUGGCCAAGCUCUUACAUCAGCAAAUUGUUAAUGAAGGAAAAGAUAAAAUGUUUGCACUUCGAAAGCUACAGGCACUGCAAAGGGCAAACCAAAGCCCAUCCGUGCGGAGAGGAGAAGACCAGCAGAGAAGCUCUUCAUACCACCUGUCCAGGCAACCUGCCCCACCAGUGCCCGACUACCCAGGAAGGGCAUUUGACAGGGAGCAAAAUGCAUCCUACGAUGAGUAUCCCUAUUCUGCUGGAAUCUUGGCGGGGACUGGCUUUCCACCAGCUUCAGCGCCAGCCCAGGCUAGCAGCAGGCCAGGCGUGUCCGAGGCAGUGGCGCUCGCUCUGCGUGCUCGAGAAGCGGCUCAGCGGGAAGAUGAAGAUGCCGACGAUGACUUUCGACCAUGA